ACCAAUAAAUUCAGUCUUCUAACUCAUAGAAGGUGUGAAAUACAAAAACUCAGAGAGUGAGAACCAUGGGAUCUCUUCCUAAGAGCACCAAGGCUCAUGCUGUGUGCGUCCCAUAUCCAGCUCAAGGUCACAUAACUCCUAUGCUCAAAGUAGCAAAAUUACUCCAUCACAAAGGCUUUCACAUCACCUUUGUCAACUCUGAAUACAAUCACAGACGUUUGCUCAAGUCCAGAGGCCGUAACUCCCUUGAAGUCUUGCCUGAUUUCCAGUUUGAAACCAUUCCAGAUGGUCUAGGUGAUCAGAUCGACGCUGAUGUUACCCAAGACACUUCAUUUCUCUGUGACUCUACCUCAAAGGCUUGCUUAGACCCUUUUCGCCAACUUCUUACCAAACUCAAUUCAUCAAAUGUUGUCCCGCCUGUAACUUGCAUAGUAGCAGACAGUGGCAUGUCCUUCGCUCUUGAUGUUAAGGAGGAACUUCAAAUCCCUGUCGUCACUUUCUGGACUUCAAGUGCAUGUGGCACAUUGGCUUAUGCGCAUUACAAACAUCUUGUUGAAAGAGGUUACACACCACUCAAAGAAGAAAGCGAUUUGACAAAUGGAUAUUUGGAGACAAAAAUAGAGUGGAUUCCUGGAAUGAAAGAUAUUCGUCUGAAGGACCUUCCGACCUUCAUUCGCACAACAGAUCGAAACGACGUUAUGCUAAACUUUGUGAUAAGAGUAAUUGAUAGAGCUUCAAAAGCUUCAGCAGCUCUUGUGAAUACUUUUGAUGACUUAGAUCAUGAUGUUCUGGUUGCUCUCUCGUCUAUGUUUCCUCCAAUUUAUUCUGUUGGUCCUCUUAAUUUGCUUCUUGAUCAAACACAGAAUGAUUAUCUAGCAUCAAUUGGAUCCAGUCUGUGGAAAGAAGACACUGAAUGCUUGCAAUGGCUUGACUCCAAGGAUCCCAAUUCUGUUGUCUACGUGAAUUUUGGAAGCAUCACUGUCAUGAAUCCACAGCAACUAUUGGAGUUUUCUUGGGGACUAGCUAACAGCAAGAAGAAUUUUUUAUGGAUAAUCAGGCCUGAUCUUGUCAGGGGCGAAUCAGCGGUUUUGCCUCCAGAGUUUCUUGAAGAGACUAGAGAAAGAGGCCUGAUGGCGAGCUGGUGUGCUCAGGAAAAAGUCCUGAAGCAUUCAUCGAUAGGAGGGUUUUUAAGUCACAUGGGGUGGAAUUCCACCAUUGAAAGCAUGUCCAACGCCGUGCCAAUGCUAUGCUGGCCUUUUUUCUCCGAACAACAAACUAACUGUAAGUUUGCUUGCGUUGAUUGGGGUGUUGGCAUGGAAAUUGAAAGCGAUACAAAUAGAGAUGAAGUAGAGAAGCUUGUGAUAGAGUUAAUUGAUGGGGAGAAAGGUAAGGAAAUGAAAAGGAAGGCAAUGGAAUGGAAGUCAAAGGCUGAAGCGACAACUGGUAUUAAUGGUUCAUCAUCCAUGAAUUUUGACAAACUUGUCAACGACGUGCUCCGCUUCCAAAAACCUUGAAUUAGCUUCUUUGAUGAAAUUGUUGUUACAUCUGGUUGUCUACCUUUAGCUAUUUUAUAGAUCAUCAUUCUGUUACAUAAUCCACUUUUCCAUUCAGCCAA